AAAAAAAAAAAAAAAACACCCAUAGCUACGAUGUUGCGCCGACCGUUUUUCCAAUAACGUUAUCCGAUUAAGCGACACGGUUUGUUUUGUUUUGUUUUGAAAUGAUCGGGCUGCUCCAGUGAGCGUGUAGAGGUCGUUUUAUGAGGGCGACGAGGUGUUAGUCCGUAAGCUCCGGCUUUGGGGAGUGUGUAGCCGGAGAUUUUUUGGGGUGGGGGGGGGAUUACAGCGGGUGGAGCCGUGUUUGGUGGGCGCGCGGCGGAUUUACUGCUUACUGGAUAGUAGAUCUAGUUUCAAUGGGUCUACAUUACACACGACUACAACCGAGACCGGAUGCAUGUGUGUAGAUGAUCAGAGAGAUAGAGAGAGAGAGACAGUGUGUCCUUCGAGGUGCUGCUACGCCCCGUCCGUUCUCUCUGACUCGGGUGGCAUCCAUCCAUCCAUCCAUCCAUCCAUAGAUCAUUAGAUCCAUAGCUGUGGAAGCGGAUAUAUUUAUUUCCGGUCACCUAGCCUGCAUCCUCUGCGGACAUCAUGGGGAAUACGACCUCCUGCUGCGUGUCCUCGAGUCCCAAACUGCGGCGAAACGCCCAUUCUCGCCUGGAGCCUUACCGGCCGGAAGCAGAGCUGAGCCGCGAGGACACGGGCUGCAACCUGCAGCACAUCAGCGACCGCGAGAACAUCGACGAGCUGAACAUGGAGUACAACCCAUCAGAUCACCCGCGCGCCAGCACCAUCUUCCUCAGCAAGUCUCAGACAGACGUUGUUCCAUCCAGCAAGAAAGUUCGGGAAAAGAGGAAAAGCAUGUAUGUGAACCACCAACACCCAUCUGGUCCAAUGAGACGCAAGUACAGCUCCUGCUCGACUAUCUUCCUGGAUGACAGCACGGUCAGCCAACCCAAUCUCAAAUACACCAUCAAAUGUGUUGCUCUUGCCAUCUACUACCACAUAAAGAACAGAGAUGUAGAUGGACGGACGGUGUUGGACAUAUUUGAUGAGAAGCUUCAUCCGCUGUCGAAGUCGGAGGUUCCAGCGGAUUACGAUAAACACGAUCCGGCAAAGCAGAUCUACCGGUUCGUCCGGACGCUCUUCAGCGCCGCUCAGCUCAUGGCCGAGUGCGCCAUCGUCACGCUGGUGUAUCUGGAGCGGUUGUUAACCUACGCUGAGAUUGAUAUCUGUCCUGCUAACUGGAAGAGGAUCGUCCUGGGAGCCAUUUUGUUGGCGUCUAAAGUGUGGGAUGAUCAGGCCGUGUGGAACGUGGACUACUGUCAGAUCCUCAAAGACAUCACCGUAGAGGACAUGAACGAGCUGGAGAGACAGUUUCUGGAGCUGCUGCAGUUUAACAUCAACGUGCCGUCGAGUGUUUAUGCUAAGUACUACUUUGAUCUGCGGUCGCUGUCUGAGGCCAACAACCUGAACUUCCCUCUGGAGCCUCUGAGCAGAGACAAGGCCCAGAAACUAGAGGCGAUCUCCAGGCUCUGCGACGACAAGUACAAAGACUUGAGAAAAGCAGCCAAGAAGCGGUCAGUGAGUGCGGACAAUCUCACGGUGGUGCGGUGGUCUCCCGCCAUCAUCUCCUAACAGUGGUUCGGGGACGCUGAGGAACGAUCCAGCGACAGACAGAGAGACUGUCCUCAAAAUCGUCCUCUUCCUCCAUCUGCUCCAGACAAAAACCUGGUGGAUUUUUACCUUCCACACGUGUCUUUGUUGUUCCGAUGGCUGCUGUAAAUACAGGACACCAGGACAGGACUCUAAAACCCUGAUAGAGGGAGGAAGGAGAGAGAGCAGCAAAUGGACUGGAGUGUGAGGAACAUCUUGUGUGAAGGGGUUGGAAAAGCAUUCCAGCAACUCUGUGUGUCUUAUAUGAUUGCCAUUUCUCAGCUUGUUCUGUUACGAGUUACGCAUUUCAAUUUUUUUCAUUUGAAGGUUUGUUUCUUCUAGGUCUUCUUCUGAAGCACAGGGACACAUCUGACCUGACAGUAAUUCAAUAAUCAGCCCAAAAUAAGCCACUCGGGAAAUCUACAGCUCUUCCAAUCACGUCGUGAAAGUUGGUCUAAAUUACAUUUUUAUGCUUUCGAGUCAAGCAGGUGUCAGGAACCUGUCGAUAGAGUGAAAUAUCACAAUAAGCCUCAGCCUCACGCUCUCAGAAAUAAAGCUGCAAAGCUGUACUUUUCCUCGUGGUUCAAAAGGUCUACCCUUGAUGGUGCCAUCUGGGGGACAAGGAACAGUACAGUUUGAUCCUUUUACGCAAGGUCUCAUAUGUAUCGUACACGUUUCUGGCCACAAGCUUCAAAAUCCCGAACGUCGUAAUCUGAUUGGUUAUCCAGACUUCCAGAGGUAAACAAACCUACGGACACAGGAGACUCAUCGAGGUUUUCCGGUCAAGAUCUCGUCACUCGAUUGAAAAUAGUUCAAAGUUCAUGACAUCAUGGCUUUAAAAAAAAAAAAAAAAAAAAAAGUUUUGUUUUGUUGUUUUUUUUUUUUUCUUCGAGUAAACAAUAUGCGUCCGUAUGUUUGCAGACAGGCUCAGAGAAAAGAAUCUGUGGCAGUUCAGUUCUGUACUCUCAGUCCAAAUGGAUGUUGGCCCAGAAGUGCAAAACACGCUAACAGACUAAAUACACGAACGCAAAACAAAAAACACUGCGAGAGCAGAACCAGAAAACACGAGCGCAAAUCAGAAAUCGCAACGAAUCCCGGAAGGCAACCAAUCAGCACGAGCGAACGGCAAAUUCAGAAAACGCAACAGAAAAUAGGAAGA